GGCACAGGAUGGGGAGGCGCUGCUGGCGGCGGCGCGCGCUGGCGGCCGCGUGUCUGAGCGCUGCGCUCCUGCUCCUGGGCGCCGCGACCCGCGCCCUACUCCCCGAAUCUGGAAACAAGGCCCUGGGCUCUGGCUGGCUUGGUGGGAAGAAGAGGAGUCCCCUGCAGAUGCUCUAUGACCUGGACCAGGGUUCCAGCUCGGCCCUGGCGGAGGUGCACCGGCAGCGACGCAAUCUGCUGCGCCGCGCCUGCAGCCGCCACACGCGCCGGCAGCGCCUGCUGCAGCCCGAGGACCUGCGGCACGUGCUGGUGGACGACGCCCACGGCCUGCUCUACUGCUACGUCCCCAAGGUGGCCUGCACCAACUGGAAGCGCGUGCUGCUGGCGCUGCGCAGCCCGGGGGGCGCGGACCCGCAGGCCAUCCCCGCGCACCAGGCGCACGCGCCGGGCCGCCUGCCCUCUCUGGCAGACUUCAGCCCCGCCGAGAUCAACCGGCGCCUGCGCGCCUACCUGACCUUCCUCUUCGUGCGCGAGCCCUUCGAGCGCCUGGCUUCGGCCUACCGCAACAAGUUCGCGCGGCCCUACAGCGCCGCCUUCCAGCGGCUUUACGGCACGCGCAUUGUGCGGCGCCUGCGCCCGCGCCCGCACCCGGACGCGCUGGCCCGCGGCCACGACGUGCGCUUCGCCGAGUUCCUGGCCUACCUGCUGGACCCGCGCACGCGCCGCGACGAGCCUUUCAAUGAGCACUGGGAGCGCGCCCACGCGCUCUGCCACCCGUGCCGCCUGCGCUACGACGUCGUGGGCAAGUUCGAGACCCUGGCGGAGGAUGCGGCCUUCGUGCUGGGCCUGGUGGGCGCGCCAGGCCUGCGCUUCCCCGCGCCACCGCCCCGGGCCAAGGCAGCCACCGCCCAGGACCAGGCCAGGCGCCUCUUUCAGGACAUCAGCCCCUUCUAUCAGCGGCGCCUCUUUGACCUCUACAAGAUGGACUUCCUGCUCUUCAACUACUCCGCCCCCUCCUACCUGCGGCUGCACUAGCCUGCAGUGCUCGCCACGGGGCCCGGUGCACUGCAGAGGCUCCCAGGCCAGGGAUGAGGGGGUCCCGAAAAUGGGAGUUUUUGACAACCACUGCAUUGGGCCAACAUCACACCUGGCCGGUUUUGGGUGCAGCCCACCUCAGCUGCUGUACAACUGGGUGCCUAUCCUGUGUCCUGCCUGUCGCUUGAUGUUGCUUCCUCUAACUGCUCUAGCUGGGGUGGGCGAGGAUUGGAUAACAGAGUUUUAAGUUGCAAAGAGGCCAUUUUUUUGUCAGCUCUGUCCCUGAACCUGUCCAUGGUGUAACAGAGCAGAAUGCUGGCUUCAGCCCCGCCGAGAUCAAUGUGGCCAUCCUAAUUCCCUCCCCACUUCACCUACUCUGGUAAGGACAGCCCUGGCCAAGGAGAGAAGCCCUCCCCUGCAGGACUCAGGCUGGGGCCAUCCUUGCCCAUGGGCAUGGCACAGGAGCCAGCUGUGAGCCGCCUUCACUCUGCCCGUCUCAGAGCAGGGCCACCUUUCCUGUUGCUGGCCCUGCCCUGGCCCCACCCUUGGUCUUAGUCUGGCCAGAUGCUAGGUUGCCUCUGUGUGCUCACGGAAUCCAGGGUGCAAUAUGAUGGCAGGUUUUAUAGGACUUUGGUGAUCUGGGGAGCUCAUGUUAUCGAAAUAAAUGAGUUUUGUUACUUUCUGACA